AUGGCAGCUUCUAAGCGCAAACACCAUGAAGACGGCCCUUCGCAAAGCAACAAGUCGCGUGCUCGGGCACCUGGAGAGGCAUAUGCUCGCGUCGAUCCAACAUAUGGUCAGCGUAGUGCCAUACCAGGACUCGACGAUGAAACGAACGGCGAUGAUGAAGGAACUCUGAAUUACGAUGAGGAUAUGGACGCGAUCGCGUAUCUAAGAUCAGUAAGAGAAGAAGCCAGUGGAAUUCCAAAUCUGUUGGUCGCGCCCAAAGAAGACAAGGACGAUGGCGACUAUGAGAGCCAUUACAAUCGCGGAGAUCAUGGGGCAUUCUACGGAGAUGGCGCAUAUUAUGCAACGGACGAGCAUCCAGCGCAAACCUACGAGGAUGCCGAAACCUCCCACGACGAAAACCUUAUCUACUUCGACUCGAUCCUGACACGGUUUGAAGAGCUUCAGGCCCAAUUAUUGCAAACCCCUCCGGACGAUGUGAUCAACGCGCUCGAUGACGAUCAUCCUACCGAAGUUGGUCCUUUAAAUACAUCACUUGUGCGAUGGUGGCGGUGGAAGAUGAAGACGAUUGAACCAAUGCCCGCCCAGGUUGCCUGUAUGAACAAGAGUACGGUCUUGCGGCUACUCGGAUUAUUAUCAGGAGGCAAUGUAUUACAACGCGGAAAGAAGAUCGAACUAGGCUUGAGCCGAUGGGUGUGGGGUCUCCUUGCCAAGCUUCCGGACCGUGGUGAGCUGAACAGCGAAGAAAUCGGUGUCGUUAGAGAGCUAGGAAAGAAAGCAGUCUUGGUAGGACUUGGUUUGAAAGAUGAUGCUUCCACGAACGAAGGUAUGGAUGAACUGAAUCCUAGCCUCGAAGACGAUGACGAAGAACACUCGCCCAUUCCAUUUGUCAACGAGGCAGAAACUGAAAUGACUGAUGACUUGGCUUCUGAUGCUCUCGAUUUCCUUGACGAAAAUGACGAGCCAUCCCUUGCAGCUGGCGAGCAGGUUUCAAUAGGUGAGGACCUACUGCUGCACAGUAUGUCAGCAGGAGCAGCAGAAACCGAGUCUUCGGCAGCUGGAAGUUCGAGCCAACAAGAUGCGGAAACUUCUUCUGUUGCCACUGAAAUUCCGAAAGUUUUAACAGCGGAAGAGCUGGCAGCAGCCAAAGAGCGUAUGAUGAGCACGCUUAGCGCGUCGAUGAAUGACAAUCAGACGGCCCAGGAAGUAGUAACACCCACGGAAGACCCUCAAUGGAACACUAAAGCGACGGUGGACAUGAUUCUGACAGUUGCUGGUGAGAUAUACGGCCAAAGGGAUCUCCUGGAGUUCAGAGGCAUAUGGGAUCAGUAG